UAUCAUCAAUGCAAAUAAUAAUAAUAAUUUUUUAAAUCAAAAUCAAUUUACCGAUUAUAUUGCCUGUGCUAAACAUGAAAUCAAUAAUAAUAAUAAUGGAUUAAUGACAACAGAACCAAGCCAUGAACCACAUGGAUUUCGUAUAAAAAUUCAAUCAAAUCCAGAUAAAUAUGUACCAAAUGAAAUGUAUACAAUUGUUUUACAAGGUGAUCAACAUCGACCAUCCAAAUAUUCUGUUCCAGGUGGUUCAACAAUCUAUGGCCCACCAUCAUCAUCAUCAUCAUCCGGUGGAAAUAGCCAAAGAUUUACUGAAUUUGUGUUAUAUGUUGUUCCUAAAGAUUUUUCAUCAUCAUCAUCAUCAUCAUCAUCACAAUCUUCAUUAUCAUCAUCAAAUUUAAAUCGUUGGACAUCAUCAUCAUCAUCAUCAUCAUCAUCGUAUCACCAUCAUCAACACAACAACGAUCAUUACUCGAUGUUGGUAGUUUUCAGCCUCAAGUGUACACCGAUUCAUUGGUAAAAUUAUCUAAAGAUUGUCCAAAUGCUGUAACGCAUACAUCGCCAGUGCCAAAGAAUGAAAUAAGCGUCAUGUGGCUUGCACCACAACAAGGUUCUGGAUGUAUAGUAUUCAAAGCUAUUGUAGCCGAAAAUAAAGACAGAUGGUAUCAUGAAGAUGGUGGCCUAACCAAAGUGCUUUGUGAAGAAGAAGCCGAUACGAUAGCCGAUGCUGAAUCGGAAAUUGUCGAUGAAUGUUGUGCCUGUGAUGAGGCUAAAUAUGAAGUUACAUUCGAAGGUUAUUGGUCUAAAUAUACACAUCCAAAAGAUUUUCCUGCUAAUGCAUGGCAAACACAUUUUUCCGAUAUAAUUGGCGCUAGUCAUUCAUCCGAUUUUCGUAUAUGGGAAUAUGGUGGCUAUGCUAGUGAAGGUGUUAAACAAGUAGCCGAAUCCGGUAUAACGAAAAAACUUGAAUCAGAAUUGAAAGCAGAAUCAAGUAAAAUCCGUACGAUAAUUAAAGCUCGUGGUCUUUGGUAUCCAAAUUUGAAUGGCAAAACAUUUGCCGUAUUUCGUGUGGAUAAUCGUCAUCAUUUAAUGUCAUUAUUAUCGAUGCUUGGUCCUAGCCCAGAUUGGUUCAUAGGAGUUAGUGCAUUGGAAUUAUGUUUGAAAAAUUGUUCUUGGGUUGCCGAUAAAAGUAUCAAUUUAUAUCUUUGGGAUGCUGGCACUGAUUCUGGUGUCACUUAUCUAUCACGUGAUCUACCAACCAUACCACAGGAACGAAUUCGUCGUAUAACAUCUACAUCGCCUAAUUUACCCGAAUCACCAUUCUAUGAUCCAAGCGGUGCACCAAUGAAACCAUUCGCACGGCUAACCAUUUCAAGGCAACGAAUUUAUGAAAAAGUUUGUGGUGAUGAUGAUAACCGUUUUAGCAUAUCUGAUUUUGAUGAUGAUGAUAAUCGAUCUACCGAUUGUUCAGUGACCGAAUGGACUGUAUUUGGUCCUUGUUCAGUUGCAUGUGGCCAUGGAAUACGUAAACGAACUAGAAAUUAUAUGAGAAAACGAGCUAAAGAAGUUGGCUGUAAUAUGAAACUAAUUGAAACUGAAGAAUGUGGUGCUAAAUGUGUCAAUAACGUUAGCUGUGAAACUACAGCUUGGUCUGAAUGGACCUCGUGUAAUGUUACAUGUGGUCGUGGAUAUCGGAAAAGAAAUAGAAAAUUUUUACAUCGUUUAGCCAGAAAUUUAUGCCAAAAUGUUGAACUUGAACAACGUGAAUCAUGUGUUGGAACUUUGUCUAAUUGUGGCCAUCAAAAUCAACAUCAAUCAUCAUCCUCAUCUUCAUCUUCAUUAUCAUCAACUUCAACCGGAUCAUCAACUGGCCAUAAUAAUUAUGAUCAAGAAAUAAUUGAACCACAUUGUGCAGUGACCAGCUGGUCUGAAUGGACACCAUGUUCAGUUGAAUGUGGUAAAGGAGUCAAAUAUCGUAAUCGAUUGUAUAUUAAUGCUUAUAAAUCGAAAAAUGUUUGCAAUGUUAAAUUGAUACAAGUAAUCGAAUGUUUCAACAAAGCCUGUAUAACGCAUAAUAAUGAUGCACAACAUGUAUGUUCAUUAUCAAAAGAAGUGGGCCCUUGCCGUGGCUAUUUUCCUCGUUAUUAUUACGAUUCAAGUAAAGGUGCCUGUCUACAAUUUAUAUAUCGUGGUUGUCGUGGAAAUCAUAAUAAUUUUGAACGUUUACAAGAUUGUAAAGAAAAAUGUGAAAAUCAAUUUAAAGGAUUUAUCGAUGAAAAUAUACGUUCAAAUACAAAUGUUCAAAUGUAUAAUCAAUAUAAUCAUUCAAUGACAUCGCCAUUGAUUGGUGAUGAUCAAAAUUUGGUUAUCGAUUGUGUUGUAACGGUAUGGUCCGAAUGGAGCCAAUGUACAAAACCAUGUGGUAAAGCAAGAAAAGAACGUAGACGUGAAAUAAAAUUAAAUCCACAGAAUGGUGGACGUAAAUGUCCAAAAUUGGUACAACGACGUAAAUGUAAAGAGAAUCCACCAUGUGAAUGUGCAAUGAGCCAAUGGAGUGAAUGGAGUUCCUGUGAAGCUCAUUGUGAUACCGGUAAUGGAUUAAAACAUCGUCAUCGUAAUAUAACACAAUAUCCGGAUCCUGGAAGGCCAACAUGUGGUGCUACUGUUGAAAGACAAUAUUGUGUCGAUUAUCCAACACCUUGUAAUAAUUGAAUGGCAUAAUACCAUACAAUACCAUAUAUAUUGUUAUAAGUCUUUGAGAACCAAACAAAAAAAAAAACAAAUUCUGGUUCUCAUUAUGAACGAUUUUAUUGUCUAAAGUCAAGUUCAUCAUCAUUCCUGUGUCAUUAUCAUCAUCAUCAUCAUCAUCAUUUGAAUUGUUCAUUCUUUUUUCAUCAUCACCAUCAUCAAUCAUCGUAAACUACAAUACAAUAGAAUACAUACUAAUACUAUUUCACAUCAUUGCACUUAAUUAUCCAACAUACAAUUCUUUCACAUCAUCAUCAUCAUCAUCACGAUCAUCAGUCUGUGGAACAUCAAACAAAUAUAAAAAAAAAAAAUGAAUUGGAAAAUCCCCCCCCACUUUCACGGCAUGGGGUUGCCCCUACUAAUUAAUCAUUUCAUUUUUUCUCUUGUGUAUGAAUGGAUGGCCAUAUAUAUAUAUAUUGGUUAUAAAUUUGUAUUGGUUGCUGUCGUUUGGUGAUGAUGAUGAUGAUUGUUCAUUCGUUUUUAUUUGUCUAUUUUGUUUUCAUUUUGUUUGUUUGUUUGUU